CCUCCCUGUCUCGAUUCCUCCUCCGCUCCCUCACUCUCCCACUCUCGCGCGCGUGCUCAGCUGAAUCCUGCCGUAGGAGCCAUGGCGUCGCUGCAUCUGUGCGGGCAGCAAAUGGCGUCGGCGGCGAUGGUGAAGCCAGCGUCCGCGGACGGGCUCCGCGUCGCGGCCUCGUCGCCACGUGCCGUGCCGGCGCGGCGGAGGUUCCGAGGCCUCGUCGUCAGGGCCGCCACGGUCGUGUCGCCAAAGUAUACAUCUGUCAAGCCAUUGGGAGAUAGGGUACUAGUGAAGACCAAGACCACUGAGGACAAAACUGCUGGAGGGAUAUUGCUUCCAACAACAGCUCAGUCAAGACCACAGGGAGGGGAGGUUGUUGCAGUUGGAGAGGGGAGAACCAUAGGCAGCAACACCGUCGAGAUCAGUGUUCCGGUUGGUGCUAAAGUUGUCUACUCUAAAUAUGCUGGCACAGACUUAGAAUUCAAUGAUGCUAACCAUCUCAUCAUGAAAGAAGAUGACAUCAUUGGUGUUCUUGACACUGAUGAUGUGAAAGAUCUGAAGCCACUGGGUGACCGUAUUCUCAUUAAGGUUGCAGAGUCUGAAGAGGAAACUGCUGGUGGUUUGCUAUUGACACAGGCGACGAAAGAGAAGCCUUCUGUUGGAACGGUCGUAGCUGUUGGCCCUGGGCCAUUGGGCGAUGAUGGCAGCAGGACGCCCCCGUCACUCACUCCGGGAAGCAGCGUGCUGUACUCCAAGUAUGCAGGAAGCGAGUUCAAGGGCUCCGAAGGCGAUUACAUCGUUCUCAGGGUGUCCGACGUGAUAGCCGUGUUGUCAUCGUAAGCAUAUGAUGUGUCAC